AUGGACAAGAUGUCAUCAGCAGGUUUGAAUGCUGGGAAGAAAAAUGCAUACAAAGCAACGAAAGUAGAUCCUGAUGAGGAUUACUCCACCCCAGGUGCAUUUGAAUUGGAGCGACUCUUCUGGAAAGGAUGCCCACAGUACACUCAUGUCAAUGAAGUCUGGCCCAAUCUCUACAUAGGAGAUGAGAAAACUGCACUAGAUCGCUACAGCCUUCAGAAGGCAGGCUUCACCCAUAUCCUCAAUGCGGCCCAUGGUCAGCGGAACGUGGACACAGGACCAGAAUAUUAUCAUGACAUGGCUGUGGAGUACCAUGGAGUGGAAGCAGAUGAUCUCCCCACUUUCCAGCUCAGCCAGUUCUUUUACUCAGCUUCUAAAUUCAUCGAUAAUGCACUUCGGGAUGAAAGAAACAAGGUUCUGGUUCACUGUGCUAUGGGUCGCAGCCGGUCAGCUACACUGGUCUUGGCUUACCUGAUGAUUUACAAGAAUAUGACAAUAGUGGAUGCCAUUGAGCAAGUGUCAAGACACCGAUGCAUUCUGCCAAACCGGGGUUUCUUGAAGCAGCUGAGAGAACUGGACAUAGCGUUGACACUGCAGAGGAGGAACACCAAAAACAGUCUACCAUCUGAUGAUGAUAACAGCACCACAAUCUAGUAUUGUUGCUGGCAGGGUUGUGCUGAAAAAGAAACUCCAUAAA